GCGGGAGCACGCGGGGGCUGCCUACUCCACCCCAACGGCCGGCUCCGCCCCUCUCCUCCUCGCGCCACGGUCCCGCCACCUGCACCUGAAGCCCUGCCCAGUGCCCCCAUCACCGGACUCACGACGCAUGCGCGGAGGUUGGCCCCACCCUAGCUGUGGAAGCCCGCGGCCCUGCUGCGAGUUGCUCACCGGAAGGAGUUGUGCGUUGGACCGCAGCGCGGCCGGAAGGGGGACGCUGGUUUGGGGGGACACAUCCGCUUUCUUUUGAUCGCCGAGGUCUGAGCCUCGCCGAGAGCUGCUCCCGCCUUGUCCUCUGCGGCGGGUCUGGGCCGGGGCUUCCCUUUCGCUGCCUGUAUGGCCGCCGCCGUGAACUUUAAAACUCAUGUGGAUCAGACUUGUAGAGCUGCUGAAGAGUUUGUCAACAUUUACUAUGAAACGAUGGAUAAAAGAAGAAGGGUGUUGGCUAGACUCUAUUUGGACAAAGCAACAUUAAUUUGGAAUGGUAAUGCAGUGUCUGGACAAGAAGCACUGAAAGAAUUUUUUGAAAUGUUGCCAUCUAGUGAAUUCCAAGUUAAUAUGUUAGACUGCCAACCUGUUCAUGAGCAAGCUACUCAAAGCCAGACAACAGUCCUUGUAGUGACAUGUGGGAGAGUAAAAUUCGAAGGCAACAAGCAACGUUACUUCACCCAGAAUUUCUUACUGACAGCACAAGCUACACCUACCAGCACAGUGUGGAAGAUUGCAAGUGACUGCUUCCGCUUCCAGGAUUGGGCCAGUUAAUGGGGACUGAGAGGUGAUUGCUUUCCCUCUUCAUUGUGUGACUUUAGCUCUAUGGACAGUCAUUCUCUAAACAUGGAAGACCUUUAUCCCUUCACUUAGUGUGCCGUUCGUUCUGGAAGUACUGCAGAUUUGUGUUGUGCUAGUCCUAGUGGCCCUGGACUUAAUGGCAAAUGUAUUUUUGAAAUGGAAGAAGUUUGCUCAAGUUACUUGGGCCCCUGUGAAAUAUUUAAGGCAGUGAGCCAGAGGGCUUAACCGUUCCUGAAGUUUGUGUUAGUGAUUCUCUCAUGUAAUGUUGAAAUCAUUCCUGUAAAUGCCUUACAUACAACUAUCCUGCUGCUCCAGGAACUUUUUCAAUAAUAUUGAAUGCUAAAAUCUCCACUACUUGGACACUGAAUCCCUUCAUACAGAUGUGCAAUCAUUUCAGCUUAGAAACACCAUCUUUGAAGCAGAUACCCACGACAGUGAGAAAUGGAGUUAGUUGCUCUUAUGUGACCUGUAUAUGAAACUUAGAACUGCUUAUUUUGAGCCUUGAGCUUGAUCUGGCAACCAUUAGAGUUCUUUUUUCCAAUAAGAGUGACAACAUCAAAGUAACUUCUCAUAUAAUAGAUGGGAGAGAUCCCACUUGGAGUUGUAGUGUCACCAAUGAAUUACAUGGUUUGGGGGAUGGGGGAAUAAAGGGAUUGGCAAAUACAGUCAUACUUUCUGCUUCCUCUCUGAAAAUUGAAAAUAUAACUUUUGAACAUGUAUAAACUCUCAAAAAAUCAUCUGUUGUAAAGCCAAUGUUUUUAGUGUCCUUGAUGUACAAGGAAUACAACACUUACCAGGUUUCCCCUUUGGCUUAACCCUGUUAAUAUUUGGUUAUGAUCACUUAUGUAGAUCUAGGUCCACACUAACAGCUCUGUUGAAUGCAAAGGGAAAGGAUAACCAUAUUAAGCUGAUUUGAGAAGCUGCUUCCCUUUCUUUGGAAGUCUUGGAGUAUAAGCUACAUAUCAGUCAUCUGUUUUCUGUAUCUAGUAAUUUCAUUAUUACAAUGAAGCACAACAUACUUAUUUUAUUGCAACUUUUUCUCCUUUUUUGAAUUUGCAAGCUUUUACCCCAUCAGUCUGAAACAUUAUAAUAGGAAAGUGGCAUUGAAAUUGUAUAUAUGAUAUGGUAGUCCUCUCUUUAGUGCAGUUGUUCAGAGUAGAUACUUUGACUACUGUGGUCCCAGAAGGAUAUUAACCUCUCUACGUGAGAGAAUUUUAUCUUCCUUCGAUCCGCAGUUAAUGCACAACUUUCAUUUGUCUUUCUCCUGUUUGGUUUUUAUUAUGGGUUUCUCAGAAUAUGUUUACCUUCAAUUGCUAUACUCUUGGUUCUAUUUUUAAUUUUUUUUUAUUGUUUUAAAGUUUAGAGGGUAGCUUGCUUUCUUAACCCGAAUUAACGCUUUAGAUCUCAGAAUGGCAGCACUUUGUGUUCAGACUGCUAAUCUAAAUUGAGCAAAUUAAAAGGAUAGAAAUCUAGUCACAUAGUAAGUACUUGAAAACACACACUCUGCUUGUAAGUAAAAAUAUAUUCGACAGUAACUUGUAUAUUUGAUCUUAAUUUCAUCCUGACGGAUGUUUAGACAAUUCACAAGGAUGUUACCUUUAUACUGGGUAACAACUCAUUUUAUUCCUUAAAUCAGAAAACAGAAAAUAAACCAUAUUUUAAAAACUUAUGUAUACUUAACAUACGUUUUAACAAAUAAUGGUAUAAGUUGAUAUAAAGAUGAAAUGGUUGGCUGCACCAGUAUUUCCAGGUUUCCAGCAAUAUUUAUAUCAUUAGGUUGGCAAAUUUGUAAUAUAUUGGCCAACUCUCGUAAAUGGAAAAUUUUCUAUAGUUAAAGUCUGAAAUGGUCUCUCUAAAGUCUUUGCUCAAGAAACUGCUUCCUCUGUUUUCCUUCAUUUGAGAAAACAGGAAUCUAAAAAUGGCGUAAGGACUACAAAACUGUUUUAAGUUGUAGCUAUUGUAAAUGUAUUGCGAUCUGUGUGCAUAGUGGGGGAAAGAUUGACCUUUUUAACUGUGUAAUGUUACCUUGCAAUAAUGUUGGGAGGUUUUCAUAUCUUUUCUACCAGAUCAAAAGAACAAUUAACAUUGACGUUACCUGCUAAUUAAAUAGCAUUGUUGAACUGUG